AUGUGCUCCAGACAGACCUCAGGAGGCUGCCAUGAAACGUCCUCCCAGUCCAGCGGAUGUCACAGUGGGGGCUGCUGCUGCCACGGGGGCAGCUCCUCCGGCUACCAGGCGCAGGGCUCCUCCUGCUGUGGGGGCUCAGGCUCGGGCAGCUACAGUGGGGGCAGCGAGGGCUCUGGCAAGAUCAUUGUGAGCUCUGGCGGUGGAGGAGGUGGCUCCUGCUGCAGCGGUGGCUACUCAGGCUAUGGCAUGGGAGGAGGCUACAGUGGUGGCAGUGGGGGAUCUGGCCAGAAGAUCAUUAUUAGCUCAGGUGGUGGAGGAGGUGGCUCAUCUGGAUGCUGUGGUGGGGGAUCCAGUGGUGGAUCUUCAGGAGGGAAGAUCAUCAUUGGAGGUGGAAGCAGUGGGGGUUCCUCUGGAUGCUGCGGUGGGGGGUCCAGUAGUGGAUCUUCAGGAUCAAAGAGCAUCAUUGGCGGUGGAGGUAGCGGAGGAUCAUCCGGAUGCUGUGGUGGGGGAUCCAGCGGUGGACCUUCAGGAGGGAAGAUCAUCAUUGGAGGUGGAGGUAGUGGAGGUUCCUCUGGAUGCUGUGGUGGGGGAUCCAGUUAUGGAAUGGGAGGAGGAUAUGGUGGUGGGUCUUCAGGAUCAAAGAGCAUCAUUGGAGGUGGAGGUAGUGGAGGAUCAUCCGGAUGCUGUGGUGGGGGAUCCAGUGGUGGAUCUUCAGGAACAAAGAUUAUCAUUGGAGGUGGAGGUAGUGGGGGUUCUUCUGGAUCCUGCGGUGGGGGAUCCAGUUAUGGCAUGGGAGGAGGAUAUGGUGGUGGGUCUUCAGGAUCAAAGAGCAUCAUUGGAGGUGGAGGUAGUGGAGGAUCAUCAGGAUGCUGUGGUGGGGGAUCCAGUAGUGGAUCUUCAGGAACAAAGAUUAUAAUUGGAGGUGGAGGUAGUGGAGGUUCCUCUGGAUGCUGUAGUGGGGAAUCCAGUUAUGGAAUGGGAGGAGGAUAUGGUGGUGGGUCUUCAGGAUCAAAGAGCAUCAUUGGAGGUGGAGGUAGUGGAGGAUCAUCAGGAUGCUGUGGUGGGGGAUCCAGUAGUGGAUCUUCAGGAACAAAGAUUAUAAUUGGAGGUGGAGGUAGUGGAGGAUCAUCCGGAUGCUGUGGUGGGGGCUCCUCAGGCUACGGCAUGGGAGGAGGAUAUGGUGGUGGGUCUUCAGGAUCAAAGAGCAUCAUUGGAGGUGGAGGUAGUGGAGGAUCAUCCGGAUGCUGUGGUGGGGGCUCCUCAGGCUAUGGCAUAGGAGGAGGCUACAGUGGUGGCAGUGGCCAGAAGAUCAUCGUGAGCUCAGGUGGUGGAGGAGGUGGCUCAUCUGGAUGCUGUGGUGGGGGAUCCAGUGGUGGGUCUUCAGGAGGGAAGAUCAUCAUUGGAGGUGGAAGCAGUGGGGGUUCCUCUGGAUGCUGCAGUGGAGGAUCCAGUGGUGGCAGUGGUGGUUCCUCAGGCCACACAAUCAUCAUCAGCUCUGGAGGGGGCAGCGGAGGCUCCUGCCAGUCCACGCAGCAGAAAUGCCCCAUUGUCAUUCCCCACAUCCCGUCCCAUCAAACCAAGCAGGCCUGCCACUGGCCCUCCGGCCAGCAGAAGUAA